UUCGACGGAAAAUCCACAGAAUUGUGAGUUUCUCUACAACCGUACGGAGUAUUACAUUUCUGUAACUUCACUUUUUGAUUUAAAUACACAACUUGAUUUUUCAGAUAGUUUACGCUGUGAUGAAGCUAAACUUUAUUUGUAAUCACAUGGAUAAGGGCAACGCGACAACUAAUUUGAACACGAUAUAAUACAAAUAAACUCGAUCUUGAACGAAUUAAGUAUGUCAUAAGAUUGUUGCUUCUUAAACUGGACGGGCUAUACCAAGUGUUUUCAGACAAAAGUGAGACAAAGGAGGCAGUUUGUUUAUAAAAGCAUGUAAAACCGAUUUCCUUUUAUUUUAGCCGCAAGACGAAGAAAUGCUUCUGGUAAAAGCAUGUCGCCAAUUUAGCGACAUACGAUGAUAGACAAAACGAGCUGGUGUUUGAAGCUUCGAAAAUCGCGGAGCACGUCUAGGUCCAGUGAGGUCAACUUGAGAAGUGGACAGUACGUAUACAGUGAGAUGAUUGUAUCCGACUCCAUGGGGGAGAGUCUCGGAGAAGACGCGGAUACUGGCAGUGUUGCUAAGUCACGACUCGCAUUAGUUGAGGCCUGUCGAGAUCACAAUCACGACGGGAAGUUUUGCGCAAGGGACUUCUGUGAUGUAAGUGUUAAUGAUGUAAAUGAUAAUUGGCGAAAUAAUGAGGACCUUUGUGACGACCUUUGUGAAAAAAGUCAAGCGAGUGUAAAUAUUGAAAACCUGCACGACGAUUCAAAUGAUAUUAAUCAAAGUUCGGAACAAAAGGACGCGUACAGUAGUGUAUGUGAACGAACGAAUUGCUGUACUUUUCAAAUAUCCACAGCAGCUGGCUUUGGACAGGAUAUCCUCAAACCAAGAGAACAGUGUUCAUGCGAGUGCCAGGCAACGCGAUCUUUCCAGUUAACACACGACAGUGGUAAAGCAGAUGAGAACAAGCACUUAAAUGCAGACGAUCGUUUAAUAAUCGUUAAGUCCCGACGGAAUUCAGGACGCCGGACACAUAGUAAAAGUUCGAGAAGUGAUGUGACCACAGAGGAUACUUAUAGUUCACAUUGUAGUAAAUUUAAUAUUUGUAAAGCCCUAAGUUCCUGGAUCCAUAAAAAUAUGGCCAUGCUUGUAUGCUGCCAGUGUUUAAUAGUACUCGUGCUUUGUGUAGGUGGCGUGUUUAUGGGGAUGAACUACUCAGGUGACAAAUCCAAGACGGCAACUUUGCUCAUGAAGCCCGGCUCAAAGGAGCCUCUUAUAUAUGACUAUCCAAGUGAGGGCGAGUUUGAUUACGUCAUAUCCGACAGGGACCGCGCGGAUUACCCUCACCAGCAUCAGGCGACACGAGUUAUACUGGACAAGCCGUUUCGAAGCGUGUCAGUAUCAGAUUUCCAAAGUCAUCUGUCGCGUUCUAAAAGCGUCGCAGAUAUGUUAAAGAUUUUCUUCGAUGAUCCGAACCUAACGGAGGAGCAAGUGCGCCAGAUAAUGUUUAUGAAGAGCCACCAGGGGUUGUAUGCGUCCAAUGGGGAGACGUCGUCUCGGCGAGGACACAUGAUGAGCGACCUCGGAUCAAACAAUAUGGACGAAGCUUUCAAGCAUUACCGGGAAGUUGAAGCAAGCCCUGCUGCCGGCUGUGAACCAAAGCCGGAAGUGGAACGAAUGGAUGACCAUCAACACGAGCUGGGGCCCCGCACCUUCUUGCCUUCGUGUACCAUCGUGCACCGGUGUAGGAACACCACUUCUUGUUGUCCGAAGGGGUUUGAAUGCGUCCCAAAAAAGGAGAACGGAAUCCAAAUAAUCGACCGCUACUUUAUGGUUUUAGAGGCCGUCCCUGGGUCAGAUAGAAUGAAGCCUGCCAGCAAAGAUUUUAUCUAUGCCAAGAGCUACCAGAAUCACACGGCCUGCGAAUGCGUUAAAGUGGAGUUCACGUCGAACUGUGCAAAGUUUUGCCCACACUCGUUUAAAAAAGAGCGACCGGGUCGGGACUGCAUAUGCGACUGUCGACAUCAACAUCGGAAGUGUCAGAAAAUCAUGCACGGGCAACAAGCAUUGGACGAAGAAGAUUUAGUGUGCAUAAAAGAAGGCAAGUGCAUAGUUCCGGAAUGCUACGCAGGCGAGUUUAACGUUGCAAACGGUUUCUGUCCGUUCAGCACCCGCCGCAAACGAGACCGAGACAGGCUUUAGAGAAUUCGGGGGAGUUGUUUAUAGGGAUCCGGACCACAGUGGACACUACCAUCGCUUGCCCACCGAUUACCUUCCAUUCGCGAUUGUACAGGGCUCAGAAAGAAGCCCCAGCUCACGUAAAUGAACUCACGACACCAAACACAUUCAAAACUCAACGCGCACUACCAUCUUCAUUUUCCGUGUGGUAUUGCGUUGAAUCAUCAGUUGCAAACAGGUCGCCUCUCCAUACAUAGGCACGAAAAUAGUUCCCAUUAUUUUAAUAAAAAUAAUGUGUGGAUCAAUACAUAAUUAUGUAAUUAUCACAUUGACAUUCGUGUAUAUGCAUGCGAUCCAUAAACUCAGCUUUAAUAUGCAUCAUGAUUACAUUUUACAAGAAUCUGGUCAUUGAGCCCAUCGCGGAGGCGUAUGUAGGGAGCAACGAACGGCAACUCUGCAUUGAGAUAAUCCGCAAUUGUGAAAACUAAGUAAAGCUUUUCUCAGAUGCAAGAAAAGAAUUGUUUAGACGAAACGUGUUUUGUGCUGCCUUAUCUUCUUGCGCAAAAGAUGAACUGUAAGGGUAUAGCCAAAGUGUACUAGACCUUGAAUACAUUGUUUCGGUAGCAGAGCGGAGACGGAUACCGUCUCAUGCACUAUGCAUGAUAUGGAUUAAAUAUUUAUACUAAGCAUCGCAUUUGUACCGCUUACAUGGGUCAUCGCUUCAUCUGUAUAUAGUGUACUAAGUUAUUUGUGUCAAAUGUUAUUGACGUUGUCCAGCGUCUUAUAAGCUGCAGAAUGCUGAAUAUGGGGACGCGAGAUUAUGAAGACAUUUUGGACGACAACACACAAUUAUUACCUAUAAACGAGAUCGGUUGUGGUUUGGUUUUCAUCGCAUAUUGUUAUACGUCAGGUCAUACAACGGGGCGUACUGUGUGGAUACAUUGUCUUUUAAAUUAUGUUUUGACGAGAAAAAACAUUUAUGUAUGUGCGUUUACUACUACCGGUAUAUAAUGUACCUUCGAUUUUUUUGUGUUAAAACAUGUGUUGAAUACGUGAAACAGAAAAUAAACUAAU